AUGGGAGAGGAGAUGAGGAGAGGUGAGGAUGAGAAGAGCUAUGGAGGCAGAUUUUCCCAACGCCCUCCAUCGUCCUCCAUCGUCCCCCAUCAUCCUCCAUCGUCCUCCAGCGCCCUCCAUCGUCCUCCAUCGUCCUCCAUCGUCCCCCAUCAUCCUCCAUCGUCCUCCAGCGCCCUCCAUCGUCCUCCAUCGUCCUCCAUCGCCCUCCAUCGUCCUCCAUCAUCCUCCAUCGCGCUCCAUCGUCCUCCAUCGUCCUCCAUCGUCCCCCAUCGUCCCCCAUGGUCCUCCAUCGUCCCCCAUGGUCCCCCAUCAUCCUCCAUCGUCCUCAAUCGCCCUCUAUCAUCCUCCAUCGUCCUCCAGUGCCUUCCAUCGCCCUCCAUCGCCAUCCAUCGUCUUCAAUCGCCCUCCAUCAUCCUCCAUUGCCCUCCAUCAUCCUCCAUUGCACUCCAUCGUCCUCCAGCGCCCUCCAUCGUCCUCCAUCGCCCUCCAUCGUCCUCCAUCGUCCUCCAUCGCCCUCCAUCGUCCUCCAUUGCACUCCAUCGUCCUCCAGCGCCCGCCAUCAUCCUCCAUCGUCCUCCAUCGUCCUCCAUCGCCCUCCAUCGUCCUCCAUCGCCCUCCAUCGCCCUCCAUCGUCCUCCAUCGUCCCCCAUCGUCCUCCAUCGUCCCCCAUCGUCCUCCAUCGUCCCCCAUCAUCCUCCAUCGUCCUCCAGCACCCUCCAUCGCCCUCCAUCGUCCUCCAGCGCCCUCCAUCACCCUCCAUCGUCCUCAAUCGCCCUCCAUCAUCCUCCAUCGCCCUCCAUCGUCCUCCAGCUCCCUAAAUCGCCCUCCAUCGUCCUCCAUCGUCCUCCAUCAUCCUCCAUCGCCCUCCAUCGCCCUCCAUCGCCCUCCAGUGCCUCCAUCGCCCUCCAUCGCCCUCCAUCGUCCUCAAUCAUCCUCAAUCGCCCUCCAUCAUCCUCCAUUGCCCUCCAUCGUCCUCCAUUGCACUCCAUCGUACUCCAGCGCCCUCCAUCGUCCUCCAUCGCCCUCCAUCGUCCUCCAUCGCCCUCCAUCGCCCUCCAUCGCCCUCCAUCGUCCUCCAUCGCCCUCCAUCGUCCUCCAUCGCCCUCCAUCGCCCUCCAUAGUCCUCCAUCGCCCUCCAUCGUCCUCCAUCGCCCUCCAGCGUCCUCCAUCGCCCUGCAUCGUCCUCAAUCGUCCUCCAUCGUCCUCCAGCGCCAUCCAUCGUCCUCCAGUGCCUUUCAGCACCCUCCAUCGUCCUCCAUUGCCCUCCAUCGCCUUCCGUCGUCCUCCAUUGCCCUCCAUCGUCCUCCAUUGCCCUCCAUCGUCCUCCAGUGCCCUUCAUCGCCUUCCAUCAUCCUCUAUUGCCCUCCAUCGUCCUCCAUUGCCCUCCAUCGCCCUCCAUCGUCCUCCAUCGCCCUCCAUCGUCCUCCAUCGUCCUCCGUUGUCUAUUGA